CGAGCCGCACCCGGCGCGGCUCCUCGCACGCCUCCCCCGGCUGCUGUCACUCAUCCCCCAUGUGACUGCCGGGCCGCCGGGGUUCCUGGGCUCUCCGGCCGCUGCUCCUCCGCUCCGAGGCUGGCCCGGCCCGGCUACACGAGGAAGGCGGGGGGCGCCGGCGGCCUGAGGCGGGGCCGCGCGGAUCCGACCGGCCUGGGAAGAGUCUGUGGCUGCUGCGGUGCCCUGGAGAAGGAGCCCGCGAGGGAGAAGGAGCCCCCAGUAGCUGCGGGGAUUGGCGGGGGGUGGAGAGCAGGAGCAGCUCUCUGAAAGGAGCUGGGUGUGAUGCCACCUAAAGGGUGUGGAAAAAGCAAGCUCCCUGUCCCCCUUCCCAAAGGAAUGAUAAUGAAAGACACUGAAGGAAAAGAGUGGAGGCUGGGCAAUAUAAUUGGCCAGGGAGGAUUUGGAUUGAUCUAUUUAGCUUCCUCUCAUGUUCAUAUUCCUGUAGAAGAUGAGGCUGUGCAUGUAAUUAAAGUGGAAUAUCUUGAAAAUGGGCCUUUGUUUUCUGAAUUGAAGUUUUACCAGAGAGCUGCAAAACAAGAGCACAUCAAAAAGUGGAUGAGGCUCAGACAAAUAGGAUUUUUAGGAAUUCCGGUGUUCUGGGGAUCAGGCUUGGCUAAAUACAAUGGAAAAAGUUACAGAUUCAUGGUCAUGGAAAGAUUAGGUGUAGACCUGCAAAGAAUCUUGGACAAUGAUGGACACCGGUUUAAAAAAGAAACAGUUCUUCAACUUGGGGCCCGAAUGUUGGAUGCCUUGGAAUAUAUGCAUGAAAAUGAGUAUGUUCAUGGUGACAUUAAAGCAGCAAAUCUACUUCUGGGCUACACAAAUCCACAUGAGGUUUAUCUUGCAGAUUAUGGACUUUCCUACCGAUAUUGUCCCAAUGGGAACCACAAACAGUAUAAGGAAAAUCCUAGAAAGGGCCAUAAUGGGACAAUAGAGUUUACCAGCUUAGAUGCCCACAAGGGAGUAGCUCCAUCCAGAAGAGGUGACCUUGAAAUCCUUGGCUAUUGCAUGCUACAGUGGUUAUGUGGGAAACUACCCUGGGAACAGAACCUGAAGGACCCUGUAUCUGUCCAGACUGCUAAAAUGAAACUGAUGGAUGAGCUCCCAGAUUCAGUGAUGAAGUGGGGUCCGGCUGGAAGCAGUUGCUGUGAAAUAGCUAUGUUUUUGGCAUGUGUUUAUGGUUUAACUUAUGAGGAAAAGCCAAAGUAUCAAGUGCUAAAGAAAAUCCUGGUGGAUGGACUGAAAUCAAGUGGAACUUUUUACGAUGGCCCUCUGGAAUUUUCCACUGCUAGAUGUGCACUAAAUCUGUGCGCGUCUAAAGAUCUGAAAGCUAAGUUACCAAAGCCUACACCAAAACAGUUUAAAGAAAAAGAAAGCAAGCUGGAUGAUAAAGAACGUAACUGUCUGAGAAAAGCUGGUAUUCCGGUAACACACAGGCAAUUACAAGAACAAGAGAAACCAGUUGGAUUGAUGUGUCAGAAUAAUGAACCACUGCUGGAAAACACCGUAAGACAACUACACAGGCAGUAUCCCCAAACAGUUUUCUGGGAAGUUAAAAAGAAACACCACCAAAGUAGCAUUACAUAUUCUCCAGUAUCUUUGCAAGAACCCAAUAGAGAUUUUACUAGUCCUUCUGUAUCCAAUAUUCUUAAGCUUGCAUUUACUGAAGAGAGGUACCGAUACACCAUGACCAUACUUGUACUUCUGAUAUUAAUAUUCCUUGUGUUGUAUUUUCUUUGAUGUCACCAUUUAAAAUGUCUUGAGUUUAUGUGCAGGGUCAUUCACCCAGAGCCGUAUAAGUUCUUUUUUCAAAGUUUCUUCAUAGACAUUUUCACUGAGAUUGGCUUGAAAAAGAUUUGUGAAGUAACAUACUGUAAAUAGAUACCUUUUAACCUCUACAAUGUACAAGGCUACAUGUGUGCUAAACUAUUUUUAUUUGAUUGUUUCUAUUCUGAACAUUAGGCAUGCUUCUCAGAAUUAGUCCUUUCAAAGAGUAAUACUAAAAAUUGUAGAAGAAUUAAAUCUCCUGUGUCUUUCACGAUAAAGGACUCUGGUAUAUGUUUGAUAUAUAGACAUUGUUACAUAUUACUUUUACUCUCGUUUCAACAAAUAGUUUUAAAUACUGGUGCAUGAAAUUAACUCCAUGCUAUAAUUUUUACAGUGGAAUAAAAUAUAAAAUCCACAAGUGCUUAUCAAAUUAA